GCCAUGAACGGCUUCAGCACGGAGGAGGACAGCCGGGAAGGGCCCCCAGCCCCGGCCCCGGCCCCCGCGCCCACCGCCGCUCCCGCGCCCGCCCCCGGCUACGGCCAGAGCUGCUGCCUGAUCGAGGACGGGGAGCGCUGCGUCCGGCCUGCCGGCAACGCCUCCUUCAGCAAGAGGAUCCAGAAGAGCAUCUCGCAGAAGAAACUCCGGCUGGACAUCGACAAGAGCGUAAGACAUCUGUAUAUCUGUGAUUUUCACAAAAAUUUCAUCCAGAGUGUACGAAACAAAAGGAAGAGAAAGACCAGUGAUGAUGGCGGAGAUUCUCCCGAGCAUGAAACAGACAUCCCUGAGGUUGAUUUGUACCAGUUGCAGGUGAAUACGUUGAGGCGCUACAAAAGGCAUUACAAGUUGCAGACGAGACCAGGAUUCAACAAGGCACAGCUAGCAGAGACAGUCAGCCGUCACUUCCGGAAUAUCCCAGUGAACGAGAAGGAGACCCUUGCUUAUUUCAUCUAUAUGGUGAAGAGUAACAAGAGUAGGCUGGACCAGAAAGCAGAGAGUAACAAGCAGCUGGAAUGAUGAAGAGUCCGACUGUAAAGAAAUUAAGUACAAUACUUAAUGGACUGGUGAUACCUGGUACAUUUGUACCUAUGAAGACUGUUAAAUUCUACUGUAAAUUUAAGAAAAAAAAAGUGUGAAUGAUGGAAGAAUUCAAUUUUCUGUUCAGUUCAACGAAGAUUCAUUAAGCGCCUACUAUGUAUGUAAGGCCCUUUGUGGCCAGGAGUAGUGUAUUCUAUUGCUUCAAUAUGUGUAUAGAAAGACUUUCCUUUAAGACUGGAUUGAGAAAUAGAGUCAAGCACUCUUACAUGACUGUGGCAGGCUAUGAUGCAGCAGAUUACAGCAUUAAAUCAUUUCUUCUGGAAAUGUGGGAUCUAAUAGGUUAUAAAUCAAACAAUUCAAUAACUACCCUAGAGCCAGAUGGCCAUCGUGUUGGGACCCAGCCAUACAUGCCAGGGAAGCAGCAGUUGAGGAUUAAGGUGCAUGGGCAGAAGUAUGUCUGUACCUUCAUGUAACCUGCCCGGGGCCCAGAAGUCCCUCAUUUCUCACCAGCUUUGCAGUUCACUGGAGUCAGCCAACACAUCCUUCUGAACCCAUUGGAAAUCUGUUUCCACACCACCAACACAGUGCCUUGCCUGGAGUAGGCACUCAGAUAAAGAUCUGUUGGUUCAUUGAGCACCAAAAAUACCAAAUGUGAACAACUGCCACAGAUCUCUUCUGUUGGAUUGGUGGGAAAGAUUAGUGUCAUGCUUCAGGUAGGAGUUGGACUUCCCAACUCUAAGAUUCUGUGACCUUAUUUUGGAGAGAGUGAAAGAAAUACAAGUAUUUGGUGUGUAUGUGUGUGUGUGGUAAGGGGGAGGGAGGGUGUUGGGAUGAUUCAAGCCAAAUUAGGAUUUCAGGGCAGUUGUAUUUGUUGAGCAGUGUUGCAUUUCUAGAAAUAUCGACAUGAAAAUCCUUACAUCUGGUGUUGCUAUUCUUGAUACACACACAGCUAUUUUUGUUGAGGCUAUAAGCUAGGACCCUAACCACCUUCCUUCCUUCAUGAGCAGAUUCCUUGCCCAAACAGAAGAUUCCUUCAAAAUCACCAAGAAUAGUCAUGUGAUAGUCUCAGUGGUGGGAUUCAAAUGAAUUAACAACUGGUUCUCCACAGAACCCAGCCGAAGGGCCGCCCACGCCAUGUCCGGCAGGCCCCAGCCCGCUAACAACCCGUUUUCGAACUCAACCUAAAAUUAGGUACCAGUUCUACCGAAAGGUGCGAACCUGCUGAAUCCCACUACUGGAUAGUUUCCAUUCAAAACCAGUUAAGGAACAGAAAAUGUUUGGGCUUCAGUGAUCACGCAGCAUUGUCAGGCCUCCAAAGGUGUCAAAUAGAGCUUUUCUAUACCAGUGACCCAUUUAUGUACAGUUUGCUUCUCCUUGAUUGAUAAGCUAAGAAUGAGGGCUAUAUGAUAGUUAAGCUUCGUAAUUUACCCAAUAUUCGAUGUUCUAAAGGUCAGAUUCUUCCCAUAUAAUUGUAUGUCAAAAUCAAGGAUCUUUUUCCUAAAGUUUUAUGUUUGAAAGUAUGCUUUUUGCAGAAGGCUAUAAUCAGGGUGUUUGGAGGCGGGGGGCAGGGAGAGAAGAAAAGCUUAGAUUUUAACUUUCUGAUCUUCUUGAUUUUUGUAUUUUAUGGUCAGCUGCCAUAUCCUUACAUGGUUUUGACACUGAGAUCUUAACCUUAAGCAAUGGAAGUAGUUUUGCCCCCAAAAGAGAAUGUUAAUAUUUAUACAGUGGAGACACCAGGACUGUGAAAGUGAGAGAAUUGUUGCUGGGCAGUUUUACAAAGUUUUAGAUGAUUCGGUGGAGCAGAUCCACACAAAUACCACCUACCGGUCACUCACUACCAGGAGCACUUCUGUAACUCAAUUGCCACAUGCUCCCAUUGCUGGAAAGCUUUUUACCCACAUCCUAAAUGCAUGUUCCGGAGAUCCAAGCAUUUUUAAAUAUUUGUAAAUGAAUGUAUAUAGACUAUACUUUGGAUCUUGGGGAUCUUAUUUUAAUGUGCUUCCUGCCCAAAACAAGAGGGUGAAGUUUGCUCCCUGAGGGCUUGCAUUCAUUUCAAUUCUAUAUAUAUUUAUUCAUAAGAAUGAGUCACAGUUCUUAUAGUGUUUUGCCAUUUACAAAGCACCUUCCUCACAGCAAAACUAGGAAGUAACUAGAGGAAGAAUUAUCCAUAUUUUACAGAGGAGAAAACUGGAGGUGAGUGACUUGUCCAAGUCACAUGGGUGACUAGUCCAUCAGUGGUAAAGUGAGGACUCAAACCAGGGUCUUCAGGCUGCAAGUGUAGUGCUCUUUCUACUGCACUGUGCUGCUUCUAGCCUGUCUUGCUGUUUUUAGCUAAAGGAUUUUGGGGUGGGCAUUGUGAAAGAUCAAAAGAACCUACACCACUGGAUAAUGUGUACACCUGAUCUUAAUGAGGUUGAUCCUUUUCCAAGAGACCAUGUCAAACCCUGGUAGACCCCACCAGAACGCAGUACUAUUCCUCUCUCAUUACUUAAAGGGGAUGAUGUUCCCUCUAGGAUGUAGUUGAUGAGGCAUUUGGGGGGCCUAUGGAUUAAAGCAGUAUUUGAAUGCCCUCUGUGAAAAUGUUGGUAUUUCAAAGAAUAAAAUAUCUCUCUAACUCUCAGACUAAAA